GCGGCCGUAGAGCUACAACUGAAAUCGGCCGAGGCACUGCAAAAGUGAGCAUUUUUGCGACGAAAAUAAUUUAAGCAAGAAAACAUGGUCAUGGCGGACAGAUAUGUUGCGGAUAUACGUAAUGGACGUAAAUAUCGUGGAGCAAGCCCCGCUAAUGGAUUUUCAGAGGAAAGCAGCGACGAAGAAGAGCGUGGUGGCGGUGGGAUGCGUGUGGGAAAUGAUUAUCAAGUGAAAGUUCCAGCUUUUGAUCCAGAUGCCAAGCCAGACAACAAAGCGGAUGCUAUCCUGGUCUGGGCUCCAAGCCCUGAACUGAAGGAUCCAAAGAUUGAUGAAUACCUGCACAUUUCAAAGGAGAAACAUGGCUACAACAUGGAACAGGCCCUGGGCAUGCUGUUCUGGCACAAACACAACAUAGAGAAGGCUCUGGCAGACCUGCCCAACUUCACGCCGUUCCCCGACGAGUGGACUGUGGAGGACAAGGUGCUGUUUGAGCAGGCAUUCAGCUUUAAUGGCAAGAACUUCCACAGGAUCAGACAGAUGCUGCCUGACAAGUCUAUCGCUGCCCUGGUCAAGUAUUACUACUCAUGGAAGAAAACCCGGUCCCGUACAAGUCUAAUGGACAGACAUGCCAAGAAACUUACAACCAAGGGAGAGGGCGACAAGAUUGAGGAAGAAUCUGAAAAUGGUAGCAAGAACAAUUCAGAUGUUGAAGAAGUCAAAGAAGACAAUAAGGAGGAGACCACAUGUUCCAACUGUGGAGUGACCUCGUCCCAGCUGAACCCCACCCCCAAGGGAGCACUGUGCUCCUCAUGCUAUCAGUACUGGAGACGGACAGGCGUGAUGCGCAGCACGGGUCCAAAGCGUCAUGAGCACAGCCAGCACAGACACAACCCCAUGCGGCACAAGAGGAAGCCCCCUCGGGGCAUGUACCUGAGCAACGAAGAUCUGAAGGCCAUGGUCACUGGUCCCCCUGGCCAGGCGGAGGCCAUCUUGAAAAAUCUUGACGCUGAAUUGGUGACUGCCAAACGAACUGUCCAGAACAACAAGCAGAUGAUCAGCAUGCAGAAACACAAGAUGAUGUCCGGCAUUGAGCCCCCCAAGCAGUCUGAUAAUUCCUCCAAGAUCAACCCCAAGUGGACCAACGAAGAACUGCUGCUUGCCGUGCAAGGUGUUCGCAAGUAUGGCAAGGACUAUGCAGCGAUAGCGGAGGUGAUCGGUACCAAGACCGAGGCCCAUGUGCGCAGUUUCUACGCCAACUUCCGGCGCAGGUACAACCUGGAUGAGGUGCUGGCGGAGUAUGAGGCCGAACACGGGAUACAGCCCAGCAAGGACCAACCUGAUGACCUUGAGGCCAUGGAUGUGGAGUUGAAGGAAGACGAGGUAGAGAGGGCGCCCUCCCCCGUGGGACCACCCACCACUGCACCCCCCUCCACCAGCGCACCCCCACCCCUCCUCAAACAGACCCCCGCCCCUGAGGCAGCAGCAGCCACCACAGCAGCAAGGUAAACAAGUAGGCCCUUGGUGCCCAGUUCCCAGAGAACCAUUCUGCAGCAGCCUCCACCCCUCAUCAAACCCAACCAGAACAAGGCCUGAACUGCUAACAUGACAACUCAAGCAAGUGGAGGCCAAACCUGAUCAAAACUGGUCGACGUUUAUGGCUGGUUGAACUUAAUGUAUAAAUGCAAAUGUCAUAGACUCUGUCAUGACCGCAGGAAUAAUAAGCCUAGCAACUGGAUGCAUAACUGACAAAUAAUGUCAGGUGGUGUCAAACUUGUUGUGGCUGGUUGAACAUUAUGGGUGCUUGGAAAUGACUUAGAUUCUGGUAAUGUUGUGACAUUGUAAAAAGGUCAUUAUUUAAUUUAUCAUAUGAUAUGGGGAUAGCAUGUAGUAUCUGUUAGUAAACAUAUCCAGGACAUGUUUGCCUAGUGAGGACAUGUUUGGAUAGUGAGGACAUGUUUGCCUAGUGAGGACAUGUUUGCAUAGUGAGAACAUAUUUGCCUAAUGAGGACCUGUUUGCCUAGUGAGGACAUGUUUGCAUAGUGAGGACAUGUUUGCCUAGUGAGGACAUGUUUGCAUAGUGAGGACAUGUUUGCCUAGUGAGGACAUGUUUGCAUAGUGAGGACAUGUUUGCCAAGUAAGGACAUGUUUGCCUAGUGACACUGAUGACAGUACAAUGUCCGUCAACUGCAGCAGGACACUAGCAACCCGCCAUGAUCAGCUGUUGAGUGCAGUGAGAGGUGUGUAGAGACCAUCACACCCUGGGUGUAGACAGCGUAGUGUCAGUAUGUCCCAUGCUCUGACAAAAACUGGUGUAAUUCAUGAGUGUAAAUCAUCGUUGCAGACUGCACAGGCUAAUCAGGGAUGACAAUUUCCGUCUUAACUAGAUUUUCACUUUUAGCUUGUAGGUUAUUUUUCAUUUAAAGGCAUUAUCUUUAGUGAAAAUCCAGUUAAAGUGGAAAGUGUUGUCGCUGAUUAGCCUGUGAAAACUGCACAGGCUAAUCUAGGACUACAUUUCAGGCACAUUCAUUUAACCCUGUUUUCUCAGAGCAAGGCUCCUAUUUCCAAUAUAAAUCUCUGUUCAACAUGCAUGGAACUGCAUUGGAGAUCAGUGGAACAAAGAACUAUUACUUAUUUAGAUACAUGUACUGUUAUUUGUAUGGUAAUAAGAUAUUUGAGUAGUUAUUUUAUGGCCAUUUAAAUGUGUUUAUAAUGUUUUUAUAGUAUUCUUGAAAAAUGUUUAGUUAAUUAUGUAUGUACAAAUGUGUGUAUGUGCAUUUUCCAUCUUACUACUGGUAACAUUGUAUGAAUGAAUGCAUCUCAAUUUCUUGCAACACAUACGCACAUUCUACAGAACAUCUGUACUGUUGUAAGAUAAUUAGAACAAACAAUUAUUGAGCCGUGCUCAGUGAAAAAGAGGGUUUCAUGCACGUGCAUAAAGUGUCGUCCCAGAUAAGCCUGAGCAGACCGCACAGGCUGAUCUGGGACAACACAUUCAGUUUUUAUGUUUUCUUAUUUUAAAGAUAGUCUCUUCUUAGCAAAAAUCCAGUUUAGGAAGAAAGUGUCGUCCAAGAUGAGCCUGUGCAGUCUGAACAGGCUAAUCUGGGACGACACUUUAUGCACAUGCAUUAAACUCCCUUUUUACAGAUCACAGCCCAUUUGUUGAAUUCCUCAUACACAUGUAUUAGACUGAAUCGUGAUUUGAUUUCCAAUAGCUGAGGCUUUGAGCAUGUACUUGCCCCUUACAUAGAAAAGAAAGGUGGCCCAAUCUUUUGAGUAAGUUUUUUUUUAAACAUACACACAUGCAUUACAAUAGGUUAUUUAGCAAACAAUUAAAUGCAUUUAAAUAAAUUAUGUUUGUACGAAUAAUUGUAAGAAAUAUAUAGAAACAACUCGCAAGUUUUCUGAUCCCUUUUGAUAUUCAUCUAAGAGAUUAACAGUUCAAAACUUAAGUGAAAAUAGCUCGGCAUAUAAAAGAGUAACAGUUUAAAACUUAAGUGAAAACCGCUGGGCAUCUUAAAUAGUAACAGUUAAAAUCUUUAGUGAAACAAAUCCGCAUCUAAAAGAGUAACAGUUUAAAACUUAAGUGAAAACAGCUUUUGCAACCUUAAAAUACUCUGCUUUUUCAAUGAUUUUCCAAAUUGUUUUGUAUUUAAAAAUGCAUUGUCAUAUAAUUCAAUCAUCAAUAGAAUGGCAUUUUUAUUUUGCAAGAAUGUUUUCAUGAGGUUUGGAAAUUGUGUUUGUGUGAUUCUUUAUGAUUUUUGCAUGUUAAAAUUACAAGCUUUUGGACUUUUUAUAUCACUGCUACCAUGUUGGACAUACUGUCUUAACCGAAUGCAGUUUAAUUUGAAACUUAUUGGCACAUAGCCAUUUUAUCAGUUCUACAUACAACUUUCAAACAUUAAUAUUAAAUCAAUUGUGUUUAGUAUUUGCAGAAUUAAUUUCCAUCUAGAAUUUUUAAACGGUACAGACCUAAGGCUUCUCUUUAAUUAGUUUGUGUGAGACUAUGUAGUUUUAUUCACCAGUCAGUGUUCUAGUGUUUGUAAGGCAUUCAUUUUGUUCUUGUUUCAUCUAUUUAUUAUUCAUUGUUAAUUUUCAUCAUUUAACAUAAGAUUAAUAAACAGUCAUUGACAUUCAUGUUUUGUUUUAGACUACCUAGGACAUAACCAACAUGCCAUAUACUUGUUUUCUGUUCUAUUGCAGUUGUUUGGUGCAUUAUUUCUGAAGAACUAUGUAAUUUACUAUUGGGGAGUUAAUUUCAAGGACUGCACAGGCCACCUAUAUAUCAGCUUGUCUCUGGGAAAACCAAGCUUAAUUUAAGCUUAACCUUUUCCCACUCAGAAGCAAAAUGAAAAUGGCUAUGUGCAAAACAGCAUAAAACCAGAACAGCCUGCGAGUAACACGCAGUCUGUUCAGGUUUUAUGAUGUUUGCUGCUCAUCAGUAUUUAAGGGUUGGGAAUGAAGCCUUUAAAACUUGAAUCUAGUAAGAAAGGUCUUUAAUAAAAUGUGACUUUCUAAGGGACUUCAAACACAUCAAAAUACAUAUCUAAGUGGUAAAGGGUUAAAGUUAAAGAAUGAUGAGCCUGUUCAGACUGCAAAUGCAUUAAGCCCAGUUGUCCCAGAAAAACAACUCAUUUCUAGUGAUAAACCAAAGCGCCUGUUUGCUGAUCCAGUUUUCCCCACAAACUCUUUGACAAACAACUGAAAGGCUGAGGGGAACAUUUCUGUGUAAUGGUCCACUGUGUUCAAAGAUUGGUAUGUUUUUAAUUCCAGUAAUUGAGUAUUGACUCAUGCUGUUGUGCGUCUAUUAUGAUCACUUGUGUAUUGUUAAUGUGUCAAAUUGAUGAAAAUUCUCGAAAAAAAGUAUUGGUUAACAAAAUAAUUGUUCGUGUAUGAUUCAGUGAUUGAUUUAUGAGAUUAUAAGGUCAAAUAGUCUCAUUUCUGCAUUUGAAUGGGGAAAAAAAGGUCAAAUGAGAAUUCACUAAUUAUUAUGCGUAGGGAAGUUGCAAUAAUAUAAUUACUUUGUAUGAACAAAUGCCAUUAAAACAUGAAGUCAUUCAAUAAAACAGUAGUUUUAAUUUUGUUCUGAAUUAAUAAACUGUUUUGUAAUAUUCCCCAAUUACAAGUUGUGUAAUUGCUAAAAAGUCACAAUUUAUCUUUUUGCAAAAAUGUUCUGACAGCAAUGAAAAUAUCACGGUGGAUAUACUUACAAAAUGCUGGAUAUACUUUAAAAAAAUGCAUGUUGCUUGUCUUUCCAUAGAUCAAUUGUACUAUGGUUAUCUAUUGUAUACAACAGUAGUAAGUAACAUGUAUUACCGGGUAUUUUUCCAUGUGUGCAUUUAAAGUAUUAAAACCGUUUUGUCAUUUUAUUUUCCGGGUUUUCACAAAAUUAUUUAGGAUUUAAUGUAUGAACUUUGUUAUCAAGGCUGAAUAGGCAUAAAAUGUCAAAUUUGUUGUUGCAGGAUGUGUUUCGAAUUAAAAUGUUGUAGAUAUUAAUAGUAGAGGAUAUUUUCCUGUCACUUUUAUUAUGCUCCCCCAAAAAAUUUUUGAGGGAGCAUAUAGUCGCUGCUUUGUCUGUCCGUCCGUUCGUGCACAAUUUUUGUCAGGGCUAUUUCUCAGCAACUAAUGACCGAAAUUCAAUGAAACUUAAUGGGACGCUUCACUACCAAAAGGAGAUGUGCAUAUUAUCAGCGGGUUCUGGUCGGAUGAUUUUUCACAGAGUUAUGGCCCUUUGAAAUUUUCCAUUUACUGUACAUAUAGUGCAAUUCUUGUCCGGGCUAUUUCUCAGCAACUAAUGACCGGAAUUCAAUUAAACAUUAUGGGAAGCUUCACUACCAAGAGGAGAUGUGCAUAUUAUUAGCGGGUUCUGGUCGGAUGAUUUUUCACAGAGUUAUGGCCCUUUGAAAUUUUCCAUUAACUGUACAUAUAGUGCAAUUCUUGUCCGGACUAUUUCUCAGCAACUAAUGACUGGAAUUCAAUGAAACUUUAUGGGAAGCUUCACUACCAAGAGGAAAUGUGCAUAUUAUCAGCGGUUUCUGGUCGGAUGAUUUUUCACAGAGUUAUGGCCCUUUGAAACUUUGUAUAAACAAUUCUUGUCCCCCAACUACUGUGCCCUCAAGACGUUUCCUUUUAUCUGAAUAUAUAGUGCAAUAUUGUGAAAAAAAACAAUAUUGGGGACCAUCACCAGUCUCCGAUGGUUUCUUGUUUAAAUUACUUACAGCUGAUUAAUGAAAUGUUUUCUUUGAUUUAUAGCCGUUGAAGUUGUGUUUGUUUGUAAUAAGAAAUGUUAUAUUUCUGUGCUCAUAGCCUUUGGUAUAAGUCAGAUGGACUAGAGUUCAGUGUUGCCACUUGAUAUUUCAACUUUAAUUUUUGUAAGUUGUACUUUAUUAAUCAAAAGUAACCAUUUUUCUUAUUAGUCUGAGCCUCAUUCUAGGGAAACGGGCAUUAAUGCUUGUGCACCUACCAUUGAUAUUUGAGUCACACAAAUUGGCAUGAUUAUCAAAAUGGACCUGUCCUGUUCAAACUUAUUCAGUUGUAGCAACAAGGAUAGUCUGUUGUGAAACCUUGUGUUACCUACUUGCUUGGAUCAGGUUAGUUCCUUUGAGUAUCAUCUGAGGGCCCGAUUUUAAUGUGUUAAUAAGCUCACCUUGGCCUAGUUAAAACUAAAAUGGUCAAUACAGCUAAAGGCUGUUUACAUUUGGAUCAAGUAACUUGUGUGCAUAAAAUUUUAUAUGGAGUAUAUUUUUAAAUCGUAGUUUGCAUAAAUCAAUUUUAACUUAUCAGAAAAUUAAACUACUUGUUAUAAUAUUGUUUACAUCUUGUAGUGAACAUGUCAGGCUGUUUAAUUGUUUAUUGGUUGCAAUAAUGGGCAACUGGACACUUACAUACACUGUGACUUUCUUACGAUUUCUUUUUGAUUAUAUUUCUUACUGUAUUGCAUAUGAGCAUCGCUCUGUGAAAAGAGGGUUUCAUGCAUGUGCGUAAAGUGCCGUCCCAGAUUAGCCUGUGCAGUCCGCACAGGCUAAUCAGGGAAGACACUUUCUGCAUAAACUGGAUUUUUGCUAAGAAGAGGCUUUCUUAAAAUGAAAAAUAUCAAAAGCGGAAAGUGUCGUACUUGAUUAGCCUGUGCGGACUGCACAGGCUAAUCUGGGACGACAUUUUAAGCGCAAUGCGUUUUAAACCCCAUUUUCACAGAGCACGGCCAAUAUACAUGUUUUGUCUUUAAAGUUUAUAUGUAAAUAUGUAGUUGUUUCGUCGUGAUGUCUUUAUGUAAAUAUUAAAAUUUGAUAACUA